GUAACAUAGGUAGGUAGGUAUUGGUACAGGGUCAAAAGUUUUGCCAAUUUAAUUGUAGUAACACGCAUUCUGUUUAAGUACCUACCUACGUAUGUACCAUAGGUAGGUAUAUCUAACUGUAAAAUGGAAGACCAUGUUAUCGAUGUAAUAGUUUCUUUAUAUUCCCAAAAUAAUUGGAAAAGAAUAUUGGAUAUAAGUGACGAAUCGAAAAAUGCGGUUACUACAAAGUUAUUAUGGGUAUGGCCCACUAAAAAAAAUUUGCAGUUUGUUCAAGGUGUAAUUGAAAAAUACAAUCUUAAAGGAAUUAUUUCAAUUGGUUGCGGAACGGGAUUACUGGAAUGGUUAAUUCAUAGCUUUAGUAAUUUUUCGGUAAUAGGAAUUGAAGUAAAUAAAGAAUGGUGGACUAGUAAAUAUUCCAUGCCCCAAUUCAUUCCAGUUAAAUUCCCAAGUAUGCCAAUACAAAGUAAUGAUUUAAAAGAAGACCACGCAUUGUUGUUCUGCUAUUUUAACAAUGGUCCAGCUUUUCAAGAUUAUGUCAAUGCUUAUGCCGGAAACGUUAUUAUGAUUAUAGGACCAGGUCCUGGACGUGGAACUCACACAGAUCCGGAUCCGUUUAAACCAAAAUUAAAAGAUGCGUGGGAAUUGUGCGACUUUCAAGAAGUGGGUGAUACUAAAGAUUUUAUAGCUGUCUAUGCUAAAAUUAAACUAUAAUUUAGGCAAAUCACUA